AUGAGUAGUAUAUCAAAAGAAGAACAGUUUGUGGUGAUUCGGAAGAAGUACCCAUUCUUCGAGUCACAAUUCCUCUCCCUCAAAGAUUUUCAACUAUAUAUCAUGAAUUUCUGGAUGUCCGUCUACUUUUUUCUUGCAAUGUUUGGAUGUAUUCAAUCCGGUGCCACAAUAGGUAUCUCAGUCCUACAAAUGGUUCGAACCCUUCAUGAAGUGAAGUCACUCAUAUCUAAAGCAACUUGGAAGAAACACCGGGUGGCAGUCAGGAAUUUAGUACUUCAGUUUCAAAGCUCUUUGGUCGGCAUUGUUCCAGCUGUCUCUAUAGCGUUUGUUGUCGUCAUACCCACUAGAUAUUCUCAGGUGCUAUCUUACUAUUUUACUAUGAUAGUGGCAAUUCACUCAACCUGUAAUGCAAUAGUCAUAAUGAUCACUUACCCGGAACUCAGGAAACACGCAAUGUUCUGGAAGAAAGCAGAGAUUUCUACGAUAAGUGUGAGCGUAACACAGAAUUCUUCUCAGCGGGUUAGGUCGAUGGCUUGA